UUGUUGAAAAUCUUCGAUUUUGACCAGUCUGAUUAUGAUAGAAUGACCAUAGCAACCAUUAUGGUCAGACCAGCCUUGAAAUGAAAUUUACCCAUUAUGAUUCAAAUACACUCACUAUCUUUGUUUUUUGUAUUUCAGGUGUGUGUUUCAAUAAGCCAAUGGUUGAAUUUCAUUGUUGAUGACAUACAAGAAAAAAUUCAUGAAGAUUUCCUAGAAUAAAGUUUUGAGGUGUAAAAUUUUUGGCCACUGCAAACAGAGUCUAGCACACAGAAAAUAUUCAUUCGCAGUGAGUCGCCCAGGAAAUUUAGAGGACUGUUAUACUUAUUCGACGCCACUUUUCGACCAAUCAAAAUCCAAGAAAUUUCCAUUUUGGGCUACAAUAUAUAUUAGAAUCAAACAAAAUAAAGACGAAAAAUGGCGGGAUAUAGGAAUCCAGGAUACCUGCCACACCACCAUGCCAUUUUAACGGAAAACAGCAAAUUGCUACGAACAAUACUUGCGGACGGAAUUAAAAACGUGGCACACAAAUUAAAUGAACGUUUUGUUUUGAGUGAUCAUCAGUUGAACAUCAUAUUAAAAACAGUCCCUCAUCAACCAGAUGAUGGUGUAUUCGAAUUAAUAAAAAUACUAAAAGGCAGCUCGGCGGUACAUUUUGACAGAUUUAUCGAAUGUUUGAAGGACCUCGGGUAUUUAGGAUUGGUUCAGAAGCUUACAGAAAGACAUUCAACUAGUGUUAAUACAAUCCCCCAAAUAGAAACACGACCAUCUCCUAGUACCAGUAGUAGUACAGAUACAGUAUCAGCUUUGGGUCUACAAACAGUAACACGGCCAUCUCCUAGUACCAGUAGCAGUACAGAUACAGGAUCAGCUUUAGUUUCACAAACAGAAACUUUACAUGGUAAUACUAGUACAGAAAUCCGGGUAUCCAUUAUAGGAAAGACAGGGGUUGGUAAGAGCGCACUAGGGAAUGCGCUGUUACAACACAAUAUCUUUAAAUCACAACAACAGACUUCCUCUGUAACAUCAGAAUGUGGUUUGGGACAACGACAUCUUCAAUUAAAUGGUGUAGAUACCUUACUAAAAGUUGUGGAUACACCAGGUUUGUUUGACACGGGUAACAGUAACAAAACAAUAGCCAAGGAAAUCGUUAAAUGUAUUAAUAUUUUAUCACCAGGGCCCCAUUUAUUUAUUAUGGUAUUCAGAAUUGACUCAAGGCUCUCACAAGAUGACAUAAAAGUUCUUGAAUACUUUAAAAAUACCUUCGGUGAAAUGAUUGAUAAAUUUGCCGUUGUGGUGUUUACUGGGAAAGAUCUACUGGUUGAUCGAAGUGAAGAUGGUGCUAUAGACGAAUUUCAUACUCAUUUGUCAACAUUUAGUGAUGUUUUUAAACACUGCCCAUCCACAACGAUCAAUAAUGGAAGGAAAGAUACAACAGAAGGAAAGACGAAGGAUGUUGAUAGAAUCUUACAAUUACUUCAGACAACUAUACAGAAAAAUGGUGGGGCCUAUUAUAAAAACGAAAUGUACGAAGAGGCGAAGAAGUUGUUUGAAGACCAAGAAGUAGUCAAUCAAAACAGAUUGGCCGAAAUAGCUAAACUGACGAAGCAAAUUGAACAAUUGAAACAACGGGAAGAGGAACAAAAACAACGCGAAGAACAACAAAAACAACGAGAAGAGGAACACAAACAACGGGAAAACAAUUUGAGAAAUUGGGAGCUAGCACUGAAACACAAAGAAGAUGAACUUUCUUACACAGAACAAGCCACCACAUCAGCAUAUCAAUACGUUGAAUACCAAGAGAGUCCACCUCGUGCCAAGAGGAGAAAGUUUAUAUCUAGAAGAGAGGCGAGGAUGAUGUCACCUGAAGAUAACAAUACUGUAAUACUGCACCAUACAGAUCAGAGAUAUGGAGAAAUGUCUGGUUCGUCCCAAGGGAAUCAGUUCAUGAUUAGAGAAAUGGCGGAUAGACGUCACUAUGAUGUAUCACAUUCAGGAGUCGGCAACAGAUCAGAGAUACACGAGGAAUAUGGUGACCUGCCACACCACAGGGUCAUUUUAACGGCAAACAGCGAAUUACUACGAACUACACUUGCGGACGAGAUUGAAACUGUGGCACGCAAAUUACAUGAACGUUUUGUUGUUCAUGAUUAUCAAUUGACCAGCAUAUUAAACGCAGUCGCUAAACAACCAAAGGAUGGUGUAUCUGAAUUAAUAAGAAUACUAAAAGGCAACCCGAAACAUUUUGAUGCAUUUAUCCAAUGUUUGAUAGACCUGGAAUAUAAAGGAUUGGCUGAGAAGCUCACAGGACGAGCUAACAUGUCUGGUAAGACAAAUAAUGGUAAAAGGAAAUCUUCAGAAAGUCAUUCCACUAGUAAGAAUUCAAUUUUCCAAGUAGAAACACGACCAACCCCUAGUACCAGUAGUAGUACAGAUACUGGAUCAGCUUUAGUUUCACAAACAGAAACUUUACAUGGUAAUACCAGAACAGUUGAAUACCAAGAGAGUCCACCCCAUGCUAAGAGGAGAAAAGUUAUAGCUAGAAGAGAGAAAGGAAAGAUGCCACCUGAAGAUGAAUGUAGAAUAAUAUCAAACUACGUGUAUUUAACAGAGAAUCUGAAUCCUCUACACCCAUUAUUAGACAGCUUAAUUGAAAUAUAUGUUCUAAAUGAAGAUGACUUGGAAAAAAUCAGGAGAGCGGAAUCUAGCGCCGGUACAAAGGCAAUGAUUCGUCAAUUUCUAGAUAUUCUUCGAACUUGUGGUAGACAUGCUUAUCCUAAAUUUAUCCAUUGUUUAAUUAAAUCAGGAUAUGGAGAAGUGGCUGAACAAUUAACAUCGGAUGUUGAUAUGGAUGGAAUAGUUAAAAGGGAAGAGAAACAAUUACGGACAGAGAAAAAAUAUUUACAGUUACAGAAAAAACUUCAACAAAUAAAACAGGAGAGUGAACAGGCGAUUCACAUAUCUGCCAAAGAGAACCGGAGGAUAAAAACGACGUUGAACUCAUGGAGGAUAGCUUUAAAAACAAAAACCAAUAUCUUGGUUCGAUUCAAGUCCGAGAUGAGAACAAAAACGAAGCUACUUGACCGACUAAAAGAGGAACGGGACACAAGAAAUGAGGAUCUACAAAUGACAAAAGUGAGAAACCGUAUUUUGUGCGAUGAGCUGGACCGAAUUUAUGAACAAAAUGUUAUAAUAGACAGAAUUAAAGAGGAAUUUGAAGAUGAUGAUAAUGGACAAGAUGUAGAAAUAAAUAAAUCCGAUUAUUCGUCAGUUGAUAUUCAAGCAAGGGAUGGGAAACUGCUGGUAAAACAAGAACCUCUAGAUGUACAUCAGGCUGAAGAUGUAAAUGAGACUGAUGAUAUAGAUCGUAGUCUUCCAACAGAUGAUACACCUGUUGACGGCAUUACAAAAGACAAAGUUGUUGAAAAUACUGGCUUGUUUGUUAAACAAGAACCACAAGAUGUAAAUGAAACUUGUGACGUAACACAACCAACUGAUUUGUGGUCUACUACAAGACCAGAUAUAGAUCAGACUCAUGAAGUAUUCCAGCCAGCUGGUGAUCAACAAGAUAUUACAACUUUAUUGACACCAGGUCACCACUCACCAAAUCUAGAGUCUUGUCUACAAUCCACUUCCCAACAUCAGGAUAUAGAGUCUGGUCAACCAUCAACAUCAUCGAGUCUAGAUUUUAGUCAUAUUAAUCAACGUAAAGAUGAUACAACACCAGUUAAAACAUCACCUGUUUACGAUGAUGAUAAAGUUGCAACUAAUGAUGUACUUGUAGGAGAACUCAAAGAAGAUAAGUCUGUUUCAGAAUAUAGUGAAAAAGGGGGGACAAAUUUGAUCCAGAACAGUGGAGGAAACCUGUAUAGAUGUGAUAUUUGUAGUAAAUCAUUCACCACCAGUAGUAGUCUACAGAAACAUAUCAGAAUUCACACUAGUGAGAAACCUUAUAGAUGUGGUGUUUGUAGUAAAUCAUUCACCACCAGUGGUAGUCUACAGAAACAUAUCAGAAUUCACACUAGUGAGAAACGUUAUAAAUGUAAUGUUUGUAGUAAAUCAUUCACCACCAUUAGUAGUCUACAGAAACAUAUCAGAAUUCACACUAGUGAGAAACCUUAUAAAUGUAAUGUUUGUUGGAAAUCAUUUUCUACGAGUAGUACUCUACAGACACACAUUAGAAUUCAUACUGGUGAAAAACCCUAUAGAUGUGAUGUUUGUAGUAAGUCAUUCACCACCAUUAGUAGUCUACAGAGACACAAGAGAAUUCGUACAAGAGAUAAACCAUAUAAAUGUGAUGUUUGUUGUAAAUUAGUUAGAUUGAAAAGUUAUCUAAAAGUGCACAUGCGAACUCAUACUAAAGAAAAACACUACAACUGUAGUGUUUGUAGUAAAUCAUUCACCACCAUUAGUAGUCUACAGAAACAUAGCAGAAUUCACACUAGUGACAAACCUUAUAAAUGUGAUGUUUGUAGUAAAUCAUUUUCUACGAGUAGUAGUCUACAGACACACAUAAGAAUUCAUACUGGUGAAAAACCCUAUAAAUGUAAUGUUUGUAGUAAGUCAUUCACCACCAUUAGUAGUCUACAGAGACACAAGAGAAUUCGUACAAGAGAUAAACCAUAUAAAUGUGAUGUUUGUUGUAAAUUAUUUAGAUUGAAAAGUUAUCUAAAAGUGCACAUGCGAACUCAUACUAAAGAAAAACACUACAACUGUAGUGUUUGUAGUAAAUCAUUCACCACCAUUAGUAGUCUACAGAAACAUAGCAGAAUUCACACUAGUGACAAACCUUAUAAAUGUGAUGUUUGUAGUAAAUCAUUUUCUACGAGUAGUAGUCUACAGACACACAUUAGAAUUCAUACUGGUGAAAGACCUUAUAUAUGUGAUGUUUGUAGUAAGUCAUUCACCACCAUUAGUGGUCUACAGAGACACAAGAGAAUUCGUACAAGAGAUAAACCAUAUAAAUGUGAUGUUUGUUGUAAAUUAUUUAGAUUGAAACGUUAUCUAAAAGUGCACAUGCGAACUCAUACUAAACUGUAGUGUUUGUAGUAAAUCGUUCAGUAAAAACAGUGCCCUAUUAAAACAUAUUAAGAGUCAUACAGUAGAAAAACUAGUGUGAUGUUUGUGGUAAGUCAUUUACACGGCAUGGAACCCCUACAGACAUCUAGUGUGAUGUUUGUAGUAAGUCAUUCACCCAGUCUGGAACCCAAGUGUGAUGUUUGUAGUAAGCCAUUCACCCAGUUUAGAACCCUAGUGUGAUGUUUGUAGUAAGUCAUUCACCCAGUUUAGAACCCAAGUAUGAUGUUUGCAGUAAGUCAUUCACUCAGUUUAGAACCCAAGUGUGAUGUUUGUAGUAAGCCAUUCACCCAGUUUAGAACCCUAGUGUGAUGUUUAAGUGAUAGUCUACACACAUAAGAAUUAAAAUUUGAGAGAAACCUUAUAAAUGUGAUGUUUUUGGUAAAUCAGUCAGUCACAGCUGUUUGCUACAGCAACACCAGAUAUUAUAGCAGGGAUUGGAUGGCUGAAUAGUUAGCAUGAGCGCGUUGUAUCAUAAGGUCUUUAUUGAGUCAACUGGCGUGGUUUCGAUUCCCAGUUGGUCACUGGUACAUGGUAGUGUGAUGUUUGUAGUAAGUCAUUCACUCAGUUUAAAACCCUAGUGUGAUGUUUGUAGUAAGUCAUUCACCCAGUUUAGAACCCUAUUGUGAUGUUUGUAGUAAGUCAUUCACCCAGUUUAGAACUCAAGUGUGAUGUUUGUAGUAAGCCAUUCACCCAGUUUAGAACCCUAGUGUGAUGUUUGUAGUAAGUCAUUCACCCAGUUUAGAACCUAGUGUGAUGUUUGUAGUAAGUCAUUCACCCAGUUUAGAACCCUAGUGUGAUGUUUGUAGUAAGUCAUUCACCCAGUUUAGAACCCUAGUGUGAUGUUUGUAGUAAGUCAUUCACCCAGUUUAGAACCCUAGUGUGAUGUUUGUAGUAAGUCAUUCACUCAGUUUAAAACCCUAGUGUGAUGUUUGUAGUAAGUCAUUCACCCAGUUUAGAACCCUAGUGUGAUGUUUAAGUGAUAGUCUACACACAUAAGAAUUAAAAUUUGAGAGAAACCUUAUAAAUGUGAUGUUUGUGGUAAAUCAGUCAGUCACAGCUGUUUGCUACAGCAACACCAGAUAUUAUAGCAGGGAUUGGAUGGCUGAAUAGUUAGCACGAGCGCGUUGUAUCAUAAGGUCUUUAUUGAGUCAACUGGCGUGGUUUCGAUUCCCAGUUGGUCACUGGUACAUGACAAGGGGUAGUAUAGCUUGUCCAACCUCGUGGGUUUUCUCCAGGUCCUCCGGUUUCCUCCCACUGCUAAAGACCCUACUUUCUGAUAUAACAACUCUUACUCUCACAACUCUUUGUAUCAUCCUUAUUGUGGGGGCUGUGGAGGGCGUCUCAUAAUUGUAAUAUGUAUGUAAUAAUAGUUGUACAGUUAUGUAUCCACCUGUAUUUUGAUAUAUAUAUAUAUAUGUUUAUAGUUAUGUAUGUAUGUACUGUACCUUUGUUUUAUGGUCGCCUGUCCAACCUUGUGAUUUUUCUCCGGGUCCUCUGGUUUCCUCCUACUACUAAAGACCCCUACGUUCAAGCGAAUUAUGGAAAUAAAAUUGAACCAUAUGUUAGUCCCAAAAUGACCUAGUUUGUGUCAAGUGGACGUUAAACCCCAUUUCUCUGUCUACUCAGUUUUUAGUAUAUCUAUAUUGUAAAUGAUCCAAUUACUUACAAAACAAUAAAUAUGUGACAGCCUCUGUGGAGUUUCUGUUUGGAUGACUUUGCGGCUGUGGCCUUAUGUUUUGUUUCCUGGCAACCUAUCUUUGUAAUAAAUGUUAAUUACUGCACCAUGUAUAAACCAAAAUGCACCAUUAAAUUUCUUGUAAAAAACCCAGUUAUUAUCAAGAUAUUUGUAUAUGCAUGUUUACAGUUGUACAUGUAUGAAUUUUAAUUAUUGUUUAAAUAAAUGUUCUGUCACAGUUAAUAUGUUAUUAAAAUUUUAGAUUUUCCUG